AUGACAAGAAUUCUUCAAGCAUACGGUACGGUCGUGAAUAAUCUUAACCGCCAUGUUUCGCAGACCUUCCAGUACAGCAGCUCGGAUGUCCUCUUACCACUGGUAUCUUCUGGGCCCAAGGUCUAUGGCAUGGAAGCGCUGAACGCAUCUCUUAGCGAAGGUGCGAAGCAGCUGAUCGAGAAGCUUCAAGAAUCCUCUGAGCCACUUUAUGUUAGUGUCUGGGGCGGCGCAGGCACAUUGGCACAAGCCCUCAAGCAGAUCGAAACCGACCAGUCAUCAGAAAACGCUGCAAUUUUGCGGUCGCGGCUUCGCGUCUAUGCCAUCUCGGAUCAGGAUGGCACCGGCUCCUGGAUCCAAGCUCGAUGGCCCGAGAUUUUCUACAUCACAAGCAUUAAUGGAUUCAACGAAUUUGAAGGUGCAACAUGGGUAGGCAUCACCACUGACGACAAUGGUUUCGCGAAUACUACAAAGGUGAAGAACGCUUGGGCCGAUCAGAAUAUUCGAAUCGGGCCUCUUGGGAGAUUAUAUCCUCAGAUUCUGUAUGGGAUGGAGGGCGACUCGCCUAGCUUCCUGUGGCUGAUCUCGAAUGGUCUUUCGGUUCCCGAUAUGCCCAACUUGGGCAGCUGGGGCGGUCGUUACACCAGGGUCUCCGAGGUGGACGGUUUCAACUGGUAUGGCAACGCACCAGACAGCGUAUCAGUUCCUUCAGCGAGUCAAUACCGGAGCAGCCAGGCAACAAUGGGUUUUGACUGGUGUGGCAACUCACCAGACAACGUAUCACUUCCUUCAACAAGUCAAUAUCGGAGCAGCCAGGCAACGAUCUGGCGCUGGAGAGAUGCCAUGCAAGACGAUUUCGCCGCUCGCAUGCAGUGGACACUGAACAACAGCGCACCGAAGUUGUAA